UUUAACCGGAGCGUGUCGGGUCGGAAGUAACAUAUUAAUAUUAGUGUAUAGAGUUCUUGGUAGGUGAUAUAUACAUUUCACAGCGCACAAUAUACAUUUUGCUUGCAGCUUGCUUAUACACAUAUAUACAUAUUCGGUAUAGUAACGUUCUCGAAAAUGGGCUUGCAAGACGCCGUUUACACGGCUAUUACUGUACCUUUGAAUGUCAUACAAAAAACAGGUGUAGGGGCUGCCUCGUAUGCGUGGAAUACAGUUGCGUCGGCACCUAAUUAUCUAGGUUUAAGACCAAAAGUUGAUAUAAUAAUGGCAGAACCUCUACCUUUAUGGAAAUUGGCUGCUAAUACCGGACCAUAUGUAAGACUUGCAGCUAUCAGUGGUGCUGCAGCUGUGAUACUUGGUGCAGUAGGAUCACAUAGACAUUAUCCCAAAGAUGAGACAGGAGUAGAAAAACGUCGUAUCUUUGAAACUGCAAAUCGGUUUCACUUCAUACACACUUUGGCAUUGUUAGGAUUACCACUGUGCAAAUACCCAUUCGUGGCUGCUACAUUUUUUCUUUCUGGAAUUGUACUGUUUAGUGGUAGUUGUUAUUAUACUGCUUUUACUGAUGAUCUGAGAUUCAAGAGAAUACCGCCAUUUGGAGGAUUUUGUCUUAUAUUGGGAUGGUGCAGCAUGCUUCUCUAAAUAUCAAUGUAAACUUAAGAAUUUUUACACAAACAAGAGAUGUGAUCCUUUCAGUUACGCACAUAAGUACAUAAAUGUGAAUUUAUAAAAAGGGGACAAAGAUGUGAUUAAGGGAGUUGAAAAGAUGAUUCUUUUACUGCACAAUAUUAAAUAAGUACGGCUGAAAAAUUUUUUAAUUUACAGAUCGUGUAAUGAAGUGUUGUCUUGAAUUUGUUAGAACGCGCGCUGGUCAAUAAUGACCCGGACCCCGUUCUCCGAGAUUUAAUGUAUAUGAUUAUUUUUAUUUUAUAAAGUUUAGGAGAUACAUUCCUCUUAUGAGCAAAAAUAAGUUUUUUUUUUUUCAAUGGUGUGUAAUUUUUAUCGAAGGCUUUUAAGAAAAAUGAAACUUAGAGAUUUUGAAUAAAGUAAAAUUUAUACUACUGAAUUGAUAUAAAUAUAACUUGUUUAUAUUAAUGACAUGGAUUUGAAUUGCAUAUUCUGAACUGACACACUUUAUAACGACACACACUCAAGCUCCUUGUCAAUGGUUAAUUCCUUGCGCACCAACAUUCGUCAUUCAUUGUCACACAAAAUUAAAAAAAAAAACGCGAUAAAAAUUUGAGUGUUCACAGUCAAAAGUCGUAAUAAUGUAACUUACAAAUAUGUGGUAAAUCUAAGAAAAAAAAUUCCGGAUAUCACGAUUUGGUGAAUGAGAGCCUGAGCACAAUAGAAAAAAUAUUAGGAAUAAGAAUUAGAAAUAGAAGU